AGCAAAAAAAAAAAAUGGUUUACAUUUUUAAAUUAUUUUUCACAGCUGUGUUGAUUGUCAAUUGUCUUGUGACGCUAAUAAAUGGGAGAACAAUACAAAAAAGUUUAACACAACCGUAUAAUAAGUUAUUGCCGCCACCUGUACCGGAAAUAGCAACUGCAACAACAAUAAGAACAGCAACAGCAACAACAACACCAAAGGCAACAAUAUUUACUACUGAAAAAAUACCCAAAAUAGGAAUUGAAGCCUUAUUGCCGCCAAAGAUACAAUUACCAUCACCAUCCCAAUCACCAACAACUCCUUUAGUAGGCCAAGCAUAUAAGCAAAUUGCUGCUAACAUAAAUACAACGACAACAAGAACAACAACAAGAACAGCAAGAUUAAAGACGACGACGACGACAGCUGAACCCGUUACCAUAUCAACAAUCGUAAAACCAAAGUCAUCAAUUCCAUUGCCCGCCUUAGACGUUUUAUUACCACCUCUCCUAGAAGGUGAUGCUAAGGGUAUAGAAAAUAAUAAAAAAAACCGUUUUAAGGAAACGCAAGGCUUAGCUUCUAAGCCUAAAAUAAUUCACGUUGGAAUUGCUACACCUUCGUUGGAAAUUUUAUUGCCACCGUUGAUUGCCAGCGAAACAAUUCGGUUUGCAACUGUAACAGACUCUGAUUUAUCUAAAGCAACAAAAAAGCCAACACAUAACUAUACCGCAUUAUCCAGGCAUUUAAAUGAAAGCCAAAAACAACAAUGGCAAAACUCGCAACAUACAAGACCAGUAGUAGUAGUAGUAAAUCCUAUCACCAAGCAAUAUAAAAAUAAGCCGGAAAAGCAAGAAUUUUCAAUUACAACUCAACGUCAUGUUGCCAGUGAGCCAGUGAGUAGGACAACAUUUAAACCAAAUGUCAACAUAUUGAAUGACGAGCAACAUGUUGCUAAACAUCACUUUAGUAAAUACGAUUAUUCGUAUGGUUUAACCACAAUUAGACCCAUAAAAAAUGGUUUACCUACUAUCACACCGUUCCCGCAUACGGUAAAAAGAAAAAAAUAA